UAUUUGCCAUAUCAGGGCAGCCUCUUAACUCAUUCUCUCUCUUGCUCUCAGUCUCUCAAAAGAGCUACAAUGUUGCCCAACUCACUCACUACUCUUCAAUUCAACAAUGUCCCUUCCACUUCAUCAAUCUCUUCUCUCUCUACCUUCUCUCUUCACCCAUCAUCUCUUUCAUCAUUGUCUUCUUCUUCCUCAUCUUUCCCCAUGCCAUCUCCUCUUUCCAAGCUGCAUCUAUCAUCACUUCAUGUCCAUGGAAAUACCCAUUUCAAGACAAACCCUAAAUUCAAGGGUUUGAAAGUGUUGUGUUCGCAGAGUGAGCCAUUAAAAGUGAUGAUAUCAGGGGCUCCGGCUUCAGGGAAAGGGACUCAGUGUGAGAUGAUUGUUCAAAAGUUUGGAUUGGUGCACAUAUCAACUGGAGAUCUGCUGAGAGCUGAAGUAUCAGCUGGGACAGAAAUCGGAAAUAAAGCAAAAGAGUACAUGAAUGCAGGCAAACUGGUUCCAGAUGAAAUUGUGACCGCUAUGGUGACGGCGCGCUUAUCACUGAAAGAUGCGAAAGAGAAAGGGUGGCUUCUAGAUGGGUACCCACGAAGUUUUGCCCAGGCACAGACUUUGGAAAAUUUGAAGAUUAGACCAGAUGUGUAUAUUGCAUUAGAUGUUCCUGAUGAAACUCUAGUCGACAGAUGUGUUGGUAGGAGGAUGGAUCCUGUAACAGGGAAGAUUUACCAUAUCAAAAAUUUCCUUCCAGAGACUGAGGAAGUUAAGGCAAGGCUUGUAAUACGUCCUGAUGACACUGAGGAAAAAGUGAAAUCGCGGCUAGAAAUAUACAAGCAAAAUGCUGAAGCAAUCUUAUCAACAUACUUGAACAUAUUGAACAAGAUUGAUGGGAACCGUCCCAAAGAAGUAGUUUUUGAAGAAGUAGACUCUUUGUUGUCACAAGUGCAAAAAGCAAAAAGAAUGAAAUCAGGAAAUUCAGCGCUUCAAACUGACAGCAACACAAAUUGGGCAUCUUCAAGUCAGGACGGUUGGAGAGGAAUUCCUACUAGGUUGAAUAACAUUCCUCAUUCUAGGGAAAUCAGGGAAUAUUUCUAUGAUGAUGUGCUGCAAGCGACACAGAGAGCCAUAAAAGAUGGAAAAACUCGAUUAAAGGUAGAGAUCAAUAUCCCAGAGCUGAACCCAGAAAUGGAUGUUUAUCGAAUAGGUACUCUAAUGGAGCUUGUUCGAGUCCUAGCUCUAUCAUUUGCCGAUGACGGAAAGCGUAUCAAGGUUUGUGUUCAAGGGUCUAUGGGAGAAGGAGCACUUGUUGGGAUGCCAUUGCAGCUUGCUGGAACUCGAAAGAUAUUGGAGUUCAUGGAUUGGGGUGAUUAUGGUGCCAUGGGCACCUUUAUCAACAUUGGUUCUAUAGGUGCUGAAGAGGUGGAUGAACAAGAUGAUAUGUUUAUUUUAGUUGCUCCUCAAAAUGCUGUGGGGAAUUGUAUAAUUGAUGAUCUAAGAGCUAUGACUGAUGCUGCUGGCAAGCGCCCAGUCAUUCUUAUCAAUCCUAGGCUCAAGGAUUUACCUGGUUCCAGCGGCAUCAUGCAAACUAUGGGUCGAGACAAGAGAUUGGAGUAUGCCGCAUCAUUUGAAAAUUGCUAUUCCUUUCGGCUUCUCUAUUAUGCUGGAACUCAAUAUCCAAUUAUGGGUGCUCUCAGGAUGUCUCAUCCUUACCCUUAUGAAUUAUACAAGAGGGUGGAUGAAGCCUCCUUUGGGAAAGAAAAGUACAUCGUCCUGGCGACAUUUGCAGAAAGGCCAGAUGGUGAUGAAAUCAACGACGCGUUUGACGGAAGAACAAGAAACAAAGCUGAAAAGCCCACAGGAAUUUGGGGCUUCUUGAGUGGCAUACUUGCAUAAUAUCUGAAUAGGAAAUGGAGAUAGCAAAAAGAUCACACGCUUGCAUAAUGUCUGGAAUCUGUUAAUGGCAUUAAUUGAAGAAAAACGGAAAUGUGAGGUGAUGAGCUUGCAAUGUCUUCCUUGUAAAGAAUGCAGCAAGAAAAUAUAUUUUUCUUGAAGACCAAACAUAAUUUUUCAUUUCAUUUAAUUGUAACUAUAGAAAAAAUCCCUUUACAUUGACCAUAUCAAGAUGAUCAAAGUACAAUUAUAUACAAGAAACUGGAAUACUCUUUCGGUGACA